UAACGGAUGACGAUGCUGCAGUUCGGUGGCCUCCGCUUCGUGUCGCUUCUUUUUCUCUUCAGUUACUGCUGGUCUGAUACUAUUGGUACAGGAUAUCCUUACGAUCCCAUUUGUCUACGACAAAUUCCAAGUAACAAUUCAAGACCUUGGAGAAAUCCUCCGCCAGAAGAAAGACUUCUGUACGUCAGUCGAGACCACGUCGACCAGGACACUAACGAGUGGCUCAUAUUUGAACGUGAUGACGGUAGCACGAAGAUGGGAGUCAUCACAUCGUGGAGAUAUAAUGGCCGUCUGUGUGAUUUCUCUUUUCACAUUUGUGGGUCUGAAGUAGGUGCGCAAGACAACUGGCUUGUGUCGCCAUACAUUCCCUUAGCUAUAGCUAAGCGUGUGACUGUGUCUGUGGAGUUUACAAUGUAUAGUUGUAAUCCAAAACUGGUACAUUGUCGAGAUUCCUUCAGGAUCUACGGAUUGCAAACAGACAAUCCCAACAUUACUGCGUCUAUGAUCAAUGAGACGAGUUUUGGGCUUCUAGUCAGCUUGGCUGGUAAUGUGCGGGAUGGCAUGACCCACAACUAUGGCGAAGUGACAUUGGAUGUUAAGAAACCGUAUUUGUUUGUCGCAUUUCGUGAUGAAGGAGCCUGCAUGACCCUGUUCGUAGUGAAGGUGGCCUAUAACGUUUGCCCGCGUCUUGUUGAUCGAUCAAUAAGUUUGCCUGAGACUCUGGCAGGGUCAGACCGAAUAGAUGUGGUUGGUCAGUGUGUUGACAAUGCAGUUCAAGGUGGCUCAAGACCGGAGAGAGAGUGCGAGACUAAUGGACAAUGGGGAAGACGACUGGGUGGAAACUGUUUGUGUAGAGAAGGAUAUAAAGCAACUGAUGAUGGUCUGUGUGAAAUGUGUUUGCCUGAUACGUUCAAGUCGAAUGUGAGCAAUACACGUUGCCUUCCUUGUCCUGCAAACUCAUUUUCGAACUUCACUGAAAGUACGGAAUGUGACUGUAUAGAGGGCUGGUAUAGAGCGGAAAAGGACAGUCCAGAAACUGAUUGCACUGGUCCAGCUAGUUCUCCUGCUAAUGUGUCUGUUUUGGCAACAAACGCUCGCAGUGUGUCACUGUCAUGGGUGAAACCUGGAAAUGAUGGAGGUCGAUCAGACUUGAAGUAUGUGUUACAGUUCACCCCUUCGCUGUCAAAGAUAGUGGAGACAAGUGAUGUGGAUGUAACUGUGGAUGGGCUUGUUCCGUAUACCAACUACACUGUGAGAGUGGGUAGUCAGAAUGGAGUCAAUGAGUUGCUAAAUGCAGCAAACUAUGCAAUUGCUUUGCAUUUUAUGACAGUAGAAUCAGUUCCUGAUGAUGCUCCACAAAACUUCACCGUUUCUGUUUCAAGCAGUUCACUGGUAUUGGAAUGGGCUCCUCCAGUUCGGAGUAACGGUGUCAUCAUUAGUUACACUAUUCGCUACUUCAUCAAUGAAACAGAUCCACGUAACAUAGUUCGUAGUAAUGUGUCUGGCGAAGAAAGAGAACUGGUGAUUAGUAGCGACUUUAUAAAUCAUGUAUUUCAGAUUCAAGCGUUUACUAAAGUUGGUGCAGGUCCAUUUUCAGAUCUUGUUAAACCAGUUGCUCAAGCAGGGUCUUCAAGUUCAUCUGGGGUUAUUGCUGGCAUUGCUGCUGGGUCUGGGGUUCUUCUUCUUCUGCUCAUUCUCGGUGUGGUUCUUUGUUUGAGGAGUAGAAGAAGGAAAAGAGAAGAUGAUUAUGGUGUGACAUAUUCAAAUAGCGCUGCGGACAGCAAUGGCACUGGUGCAACUAUUGUUCUACCUAAAGACAAAGGAAAGAAAAUCUAUAUCGAUCCCCAAAACUAUGAUACUUUGGAUGAUGCAGUUUCUGACUUUGCACUGGAAAUACCUGCUUCACAGAUUAAGCUACUAAAGGAAAUAGGAGAAGGUGAGUUUGGAGAAGUUUACAGUGGCACGUACUUUGAAUCCAAGAAGUCUAAGGCAGGAAGAAAGGUGGCAGUGAAAACACUUAAGUCAAAUGCAUCUAAGAAGAAUAGAGACGACUUUUUGGUUGAAGCCUCCAUCAUGGGCCAGUUUGAACAUCCUAAUGUCAUCUCAUUGGUGGGAGUGGUGACUAAAGCGGAUCGCGUGAUGAUUGUGACUGAAUUUAUGGACAACGGUUCUCUUGAUAACUUUCUCAAGGAUAACGACAACAAGUUGCAUAUUGAGCAACAACUUCACAUGGCACUUUAUGUUGCUCGUGGAAUGGAAUAUCUGACUGACAUGCGCUUUAUUCAUCGAGAUCUUGCAACGCGUAACAUACUGGUCAAUGAGGACCUUGUGUGUAAAGUUGCUGACUUUGGGCUGUCACGUGAAGCAGUAGAUGAGAAUGCCUAUGAUGUCAAGACUGGAGGCAAGAUUCCUGUACGUUGGACAGCUCCAGAGGCAAUUACUUACAGAAAGUUUACACAUAUGAGUGAUGUGUGGAGUUAUGGUGUGUUGUUAUGGGAAAUUAUGUCAUUUGCGGAACAUCCAUAUUAUGACUGGUCAAAUACAAAGGUGCUGGAGUCUGUGAGAAAUGGCUACAGACUGCCUCCUCCUAUGAACUGUCCGACGGAAGUGUAUGAGGUAAUGCAGAAAUGCUGGCAGGAAAAUCGAUCAGAUCGACCGCCAUUCCAUCAUCUUUGUGAAAUGAUGAAAAACCUCAUUGCCAAACAGCUUACAGAAUGUUCUGCUUAUGCAGCUGCUGAUGAUCUAGCGCAACCUGCCUCAGCUGGUGGUUCUAACCAGGUGUAUGCUAGUGUUUCAGAGUGGUUAGAAGACAUCAAGAUGGAGCGCUAUGUGAACCACUUUGAAAGUGCUGGUCUCACUGAUUUGGGUUUAUGCUGGCAGCUGAAUGACCAUGAGCUGGCGGAACGUGUGGGAGUGUCAAUUAAGGGCCAUCGACACAAGAUCCUGAAGAGUAUAAAUCAUGCAACCAACUCGAUGCGACGUCAAGUGUCACACAAAAUUUGAGACAGAAAAUGGAGAUACAUUGUCAUUUGUUAGUCGUUAUUGUCGCAAUUUUUGAUAGCUAGCAAGAGUUAGCUAGAUAGACUAAGCAAUGAUUGUGGAACGAUUGUGAUCAAUGGGAUGGGAUGGGAUAGGAUAGGAUGGUUUGUCAUGUGUUCUAGGCCUGUUAGCUGUUUUUACAAAUUGUUUCUUUGUGUGUCUUGUUUGAACGUUGAGUUGUUUUUAUAAAAUGGUGUGGAUGUGCAUUUGUUUCAAUUGUUAAUUGUUUUAAAAUUGGUAA